CUCUUUCUCUCUCUCCAUUUACACGCUGCCUUCACUCUCCCCGCCCCAGUCUCACCAACCAGUCUGUUGAUGGGCAAAUAGAGCUUUACACAGACCACAGACUCCCUAGAACAUCUGACCAGUUUAGAUCUCAUUCGUCGCACCCGUGCGCCGUCCGAACGAAAACCCCUCCUUCCGCAAACCUGCCCCGCCCCUCUCGACCGCCACACCUCACAAUCUCACCAUGUCGCGCCAUCGCGUUAAGGCUGUCAGCUACGAUGAUGAGGAUGACUAUGACGAUGGCUACUACUCCCCCGACCCCGAAGAGCAGGAGUUUCGAGAGCAGUGCACCACCGAGGUGCUGAACCAGCUGCGUGCGGGGGAGCCCUCGGUCACCGCCACCCGCAGCGAGGUCCAGGAUGCUCUGUACCACUACUAUGAUGAUGUGGAGAAGUCGGUGAAUUACCUGAGAGGCAAAAAGAUCAAGGAACUUCAGAAGAAGCAAGCCGCUCCUCCUACCGCUCCAAAGACGAAAGGGACAUCAGGCCCAAGUCCCGACGAUGUUGUCAUCAACGCACAAAGCUCUGCUAAAGGCUUCAAAUCGAAACAGCCUGCUUCCAAAUCGGCAGGUACCAAGAAAGCGCAGGCUGACCUGACGGGUGGGAUGAAUGACCUCAGCGUUGAGGAGAAGGUGAAUGUCAAGAGCAAAAAUCUAGAUGUUUUGUCAGAGUAUAGCAAAGCGAAACGGAAGAGAGCGAUGAAUUUUGCGGUUAUCGGCCAUGUUGACGCGGGAAAGAGUACGUUGAUGGGCCGCUUGCUUGCUGAUUUGAAGGCGAUCGAUCAGCGUACGCUCGAUAAAUACAAGCGGGAGGCAGAGAAGAUCGGGAAAGGAUCGUUUGCUCUCGCCUGGGUCCUGGAUCAAGGUGCGGAAGAGAGAGCCAGGGGUGUGACUAUCGACAUCGCCACCAACAAGUUCGAGACGGAGAAGACCGUGUUCACGAUUGUCGAUGCUCCCGGACAUCGUGACUUUGUGCCCAACAUGAUCGCCGGUGCCAGUCAAGCUGACUUUGCCGUCCUUGUGAUCGACUCCAGUAUCGGCAAUUUCGAGUCCGGGUUGAAGGGACAGACCAAGGAGCAUGCUUUGUUGGUGCGGAGUAUGGGCGUGCAGAGGAUCAUCGUGGCUGUGAACAAGAUGGACUCCGUACAGUGGGACAAGGAGCGGUUCGACGAGAUUGAGCAGCAGGUCUCGUCUUUCCUGACGACUGCCGGCUUCCAGCCCAAGAACAUCAACUUUGUGCCUUGCUCUGGUAUCAGCGGCGAUAAUGUCACUCGACGCAGCGAUGAUCCGAACGUGUCGUGGUACCAAGGGCGCACCCUAGUUGAUGAGCUUGAGGCCACGGAGCCUUAUUCCCAUGCAGUUGACAAACCCCUUCGAAUGACGAUUGGCGAUGUGUUUCGUGGCAGCGUGCAGAAUCCAUUGUCGAUAUCUGGCCGCAUCGAUGCGGGGAGCUUACAAGUGGGCGAUCAGAUCUUGACCAUGCCCAGCGGGGAGACUGCCACCAUCCGGAGCUUGGAAGUCGACGGAGAACCCAGUGACUGGGCCGUGGCGGGUCAGAACGUCGUCCUGAACCUGGCCAACAUUGAUCCCAUCCACCUUCGAUCGGGUGACGUGAUCUGCCGGGCGUCCGCGCCGAUUGCCAAUGUCACUUCCUUUACGUGCAAGGUGCUGGCCUUCGACCACCUGCUGCCUAGCAUGGUGGACAUCCACCGGGGUCGUCUGCAUGUACCGGGGCGGAUCAGUCGGCUCGUGGCCACUCUGGAUAAACAAUCGGGCAACAUCCUCAAGAAGAAGCCCAAGAUCGUGGCGCCAGGCACAGUGGCGCGGAUUGUGGUGGAAAUGGACCAAGCGGUGCCUCUCGAAGCGCCUACGCGGAUUGUUCUUCGAGCCGGCGGCGAGACGGUGGCCGCUGGCUUGUUGGAGUAGAUAGAAGCAGACGGUGAUGACGUGGCAUUUACUACAUAGACAGUUCGUUAUUUCUUUUACUUUCUUGUGAAGUCUCAGGGGGUUGACAAUAACUCCUGCUGGGUACUAGAUAAUAGCUAUGUGCGGU